AUGUACCGUUUUGAUCCUUCAACAAAUACGUUGACCAACAUACAACCUACCGACGGUAACAUAGAUACAACCUUCAAAAGUGAUGGACCGGAAACUGUACCAUCAUCCAAGGAAAAAGGUGGCUUCAAGGUUCUUAUACCGGACUUUUUCACCUCUAUCAUGGCUAUCGAGCCUAUUGUCAAUAAGCACUAUCAGGAGGUCAAACUCAUGCUUGAGGAUAAAUACGCUAGAAUUUUUCAAGCGAAUCAAAAAUGGAUCGAGAAAAAUUCAAAAGUCGAUCUUGUGUAUCUGUCUGCUAUGUGGACACCUAAUUGCAAUGCAGCUGAGUUGGCAAUUGUUGCAGAUUGGAAUCAGUGGGUUGGUUAUAUGCCCUUCCUUUUAAAGCUGUCUGAAAAAUAUGGUUUUCUAUUUGACGAUCAAUUUGAUGAAGGACAUCUUCAAAUUGAUCCAGCAGCAGCGCAGGAUGAAAUCGAUUUAACGCUCGCUAUUAUGAGUGACUGCCAGCCGCCCGUUCAAGUGAAGGAUAAUCGUAUCCGACACUUGUUUCAGACAAUCUGGGAUCGAGUUAAGGAGUGUCACAGCGAUCCUCUGUUGGUAAGUUGGUUUGAUAAAGCAUUUCUCUUUUCCUGGUCUACAAGCAGAGCUUUCUUAACCAUUUACUCAGAAUAUCAAAAAUUCUAUAAAGAUUGUCAUCGAAGGUAUUUUGAAGGUCUUCUGAAGCAAGUGACAAUAAUACGUGAUGGAGGGGCCUUCCCUGACGUCCAAUCGUAUUUGGAUAUGAGAAGGAUGACAAUAGGUGUUUACCCAGCUAUUGCUGUCACUGGUGCCGCCCAAAAUGUCAAACUCCCGUCACGAGUUCUGAAGCACCCUUCUAUUCAUGAAUGCAUGAUAGCCACAGCAGAUCUUGUCCAUACGGUAAAUGACGUAACGUCGCUCAGAAAAGACCUGGUUCAGGAGACGGGCGUCAAGCAGAACGUUGUUUUACGUCUCAUGGAGCAGGGUUUCACGACACAACAAGCCAUGGAUCAGAUACAAGAAUUGUUGAAGGAAGUCUACCGGCGCUGGUACGUGGCUCUCGCGGAUUUGCCUGUCUGGGGAGAGGAAAUAGAUCGGCAAGUGCUCAAGUUUUUGGAUGCCUGCCGUGACGUAGCCUUGGGAAAUCUGUAUUGGUCAUUCAUGACCGCUCGUUACCUCGGUACCGAGGGCGAUACGGUCCACAGGACAAGAUAUUUGACACUCCCGUCCCUUGUGGAUGGAAAGCUAUCCAACUCGACGGACCCCCGUUUUGCCGUAUGCUAUGCUUAG